AUGGCUCGAAAACCGAAUUUUUCCAGUUUGGAAAUCGAAACGUUGAUAGAAGAGUUUCAGAAUCAUAAAGAAGUUCUUAAUUCUUCGUUUAAUAACACUUCCACCAACGCAUCAAAACAAAGGGCAUGGGCAAGUGUGGCAUCAAAGGUAAGCUCGGUAAGUGGGGUGACGAGAACGGCCGAUGAUGUCAAAAAGAAAUGGAGAAAUGUUUCCAGCGACUCCAAGAAAAAGCUUUCACAUGCGAGGAAGGAGGCUACAAAAACUGGAGGAGGGUCAUCGUCGGCAGUGGAACUAAGUGCCACAGAGUUAAGGGUAUUGGAGACGAUGGGACAGACAGCAACAGAGGGGAUUCCUGGAGGAAUAGACACUGCUGGCCCAUCUUCGUCCAAUACCAAUCUACAGGAAACUUUCAUUACUGAUAGCGAUCAACAAGAAAGUGUUACAGACGCCACAUCAAAGACCACAAGGAAACGGAAAAGAUCUUCCGGAAAUGAGGAGGCGCAUGACCUAGUAGAAAUAGAACGGGAGAGAUUAGAGGUAGAGAAAAAGAGGCUGGAAUUGGAGGAAAGAAGAUUAUAUCUAGAGCAGAGAAGAUAUGACUUGGAGGUAGAGAGACAUUCUAGGGGGUUUAUGGUGUGUGACUCGCAGAAAGUGCUGAAAUAUUAUAUUGUACCUGCUGGGUUUACUGAUUUCAUGUCAUGA